ACUGACAGACAUAUAGACACGAACUAGCUAGAGGCCAUACAUCAUGCUCUGCUGCGGAUUUGAACCCAGAUUGGAGCUUCGCGAGGAAGAAGUACCGAAAUACUCUGCAGCAGUCGCCGCCGAAAAACUCGACGUCGGAUCAACGCUCAUGCGUUACGACCCGUUAGCGAUGAUUCCACUCGAGAGCGAGAAGACCCAAAGAUGCUCUCGAUGCCUGAAGAAAGCAGUCAAGAACGUCGAACAGCUUUUAUGCGGGCGUUGUAGAUGCGAAAGCUAUUGUUCCCAUGCAUGCAGGGACAGGGCUUGGGACGAGUAUCACUCUAGAGCUUGCCAGCAUCUACCUCCCAUACACUACGCCUUUCAGGCCAAGCAAGUAACCUCGGCGGAUGCUCAUGCCGCUCUGCUGCUUCUCAAGCUCGUUGCUCUGCAUUUCCAAGGGCAAGACUCGCCUGGCCGGACGCAACUACUUGUGGCCAAAGACUUGACGGUAGAGCAAAUCCGUUCAGGUGGUUCAUCUUCUACCCCAUCGCGACUGAGGCUGCUGGUCGAACUCUUGCCGCGACCUCUAUCCGAAGGCGAGCAAUUUGUCCUGGACGUGAUUGGUGCUCGGGUUACGGAUCUACCGAAAUCAGCCUUGGAGUUUCUGCUCUGCAGAUUUUCGGGCAACAAUCACGUUCUGUCGGACGAGAGACUCAGACCUAUCGGUCACGCUGUACUACCUGAAAUCUCGCGGGCAUGCAAUCACUCCUGCUUGCCAUCAGCAGUGAUAUGUACUUUGUGGAACCCAUCUACAGCUCGUCUGGAGGUCGACGUCCGCACACUCAAACCGAUAGCUAUCGGCCAGGAGCUAACAAUCCCAUACCUGGACCCGAUUUUGCCCCAUCACGAACGACAAGGCUUUCUGCAAGAGCGCUACGGCUUCUCGUGCACGUGUUCUCUCUGUGUCGCUCAGACUCCGCUCGCUACGCCGACUAGUUGCCCUACGAUACAGCCUCGUCCCGACGACCUGACUCGACUUUUCCAACGGGUUGUCGGUCAAGGUCUCUCAAACGAAGUCCAGGCGCUUAAAACGCUCAUCGCUCAAACGCCACAGGAUCUUUCUGGAUGGCUAGAAUUUCGGCACCCCCUGCCUAGCCGGAUAUCGCAAGAAGCGCUGCCAACUGGGUUGUCGAAUUGCUUGAAGCCCGAUGUGGUUCGAGAAGUCACCGCAAUGUUCGAGGAGUCGGGUGCAGAAGCAGAUUGGCGGACCGCCUGCAUGGCUGGGAUGCAUGUGCUAGCUAUAUACGCGACGGUAUACGGGUGGCGUCAUCCUCUGGUUGGUGAGCCAAGACAUGGGUUCCCGUGCAGACUACGGAGAAUAACAGAGUUCAUAAAAAAUCUGUCAGGUCUGCAUUUGCUAGAGUUGGCGAAGGUUGUUUACAACUCGCACAUGGCCGCAUCAGCUUCCAGUUCCACAGCCAGAGCUACUGAAAUGUUAUACCAAAGCACAGUGUAUUCCCGGUGGGCUCAAUCGAGCCUAGCGUGCUCGGUCGCAAGCGGUGGGGACCUAAGCGGUGACGAUCAUGGUGGACCGAGGGCUGAGAUAGGUAGCCUUGAUCGAGCUAUUAUCAAUGAGUGGAAGUAUGUCACCAUGUAGCUGUUUAAUCCCUCGCAUUCCGCAGUCAUGCUGUUGAGCAAAGAUGUCGAGAGCGUUGUGACGGUACUUUAUUCCACUUUGCGCGUGAA